CGAGUAGAUCAUGAUCAGCCUUCCGGUCCGAGUCAUUCUACCGUCGAGCCCCGUCCGGUGUCCCCGGAAACGUUGCAUAGAACACACCCGCGGAUGUUGCGCAAUCUACGCGGAGAACGAGGUAACCAAAUCCAAGUGAGUUGAGCGAGACAUCGCAGCUAAUGACGCGCUACACAGUCUACGUGGGAAAGGCUGCGUCCUUGUCUUUCUUGCAGCUGGUCCGGGAUACCGUGUCGCAGUACAUUGGACCGUCGCAAUUCUCGCAUAAUGUGAAAAGCGAAGAUAUGCUGGAGACGGAAACACCGCGUGAUAUUCCACCGGCUCCGGAUGAUACUCUUGAUUCUUAUGAGCUACUGGGAUAUUAUCGCGCCUAUAGCUCGGCCACGAGUGGAUUCAUCUACGUUUUGUCGGAUGCAGAAGCAAUGGAUAUUCUUGAUGGUUUGAUCAAUCCUAGUGCCCGUCGAGAUAAAACAAAGAUGGCACUGGCAGACAUGAUUAUUGCCAUUGGGGCACAGUCUACCAAACGAGCUCCGUCGACCGAGCAAGCUGAGCGCUUUUUCUUUUCCCGCGCCCAACGCAGCGCUUUCGAGGGCAUGUUGGAGAAUCCAAGUCUAGAAUUGGUCCGUUUGUUUCUGCUGAUGUCCUUUUAUAUGCUUGGGGCUUGUCGUCGAAAUACUGCCUUCAUGUACUUGGGAGUGGCCGUCCGAGCUGCCGUGGCAUUGGGUCUCCAUCUUACCGAGCUAGUGGAUGCCGUCCCCAGCCCUGAGCAGCAUCAAAGGGCACAAGUAUGGAUGAGUGUUUACAUUCUGGACCUCCUGGUUAGCUCUAUUCUUGGUAGACCGGCUGCCACGGCCGCUCUACGUUCAGAUGCGGAGCAUAGUUUUGUUCGCUACACACAGCCAGAGGGCCAUAUGGCAAUGGGCUUGCUUGCUUCCUACAAAGUUUCGGGGAUUCUGGAAGAGGUUAUCGCCCGCAUGUAUAGCAAGGAAGGGGCCUCGGCCGAGGUCGCAGAGUCGCUCCUAGCAAAGCUCAAGCAAUGGAGCAAUGGCCUACCAGGGCCGUUAGUGGAGCCACCAAAUCUCGACUUUGAGGAACCUGCGGCCCGCAGGCAAAUAAUCGGCAAUCUGCACAUCGCAUGCACCUACCACUUUGCGGUAAUCAUAGUGACGCGGCCAUUUCUGAUAUCCGUAUUGGGCGUUCGGCUAGCGCGAUUGCACGGUGGCCCUGUAAACUGGUUAUCGGGCGAUUCAUUGCACGAGGAACCAGCACAUUCGAAUAUGGCGACCGCUUGCACCGACUCGGCCUUGUACAUGAUACAGACAUGCUCCGAGGUGCAUCGCUCUGGUUUACUGCUGGGUAAUAUGUGCAUUCUGAAGGCUUUUGUGUUUGCUGCCGGCUUGGUUCUGGGGUUUUCGAUGUUCUCUCGGAGAGAAGCAGACCCGCCACUAGACCAAGCCUACAAAGAGGCCUUGGAGAUCCUACGUGUGCUCUCCGAGCAGUCCGCCCAAGCAGCACAUUACUCGGAGAUCCUCAGUUACCUUGGGAAUGCCAUUGCUGAACAGCGUCAACAACUUCUGCACCAUUCUCAGCAGAACAAGAGCCGCUAUGUCAGUAAGCUUUUCAGUCUGGACGAUCGCAGACCUUCAACGGAGAUCCGGGGUGGCCUAGAAACGCCUGCACGGGCUGAUAUCUCUGGCAUUCCGCCCGAUUCUAAUAUAUCCGAUUCAUGGGUUGAUCUUCAGCGCCCAAAUUUCAUGGACUCUCUGGAUAUUGGUGCAGCAUUUACUGCUUUAGACGGCAUGCAGUUGCCGGUAUGGGAUAGCUUUCCAUUUAUUGGUGAGCCGUUUCAACUGCAAGGUAGAGUUAACGAGGCAAAUUGAUGCUGGACAGCGAUAACGGAAGGACCCGGUUGAUGACGUUGUGUCUAGCCCGGCGAGGUUAGCGCAGAACGGUUGUCAGCGUGGCUCGAAUCGAAAGUGUCGAACAUCCUUUCUUCCUCUGAUUCCGGAUUUUGUAGGGCUCUCCGGAACGACACAUUAUUUAGCACCUUCAUCCUUGUAUCAACCUUAUAUCGGGUAUCUAGCUGAAGCUCAUUCGCGGCCUGAGCCGAUCCCGUCGGAUAAUGGUGGAGCUCCCGAGGGGAGUCCCGAGCAGUCAGCACAGGGCGUAUAAUGCAAGGUCAAGAUCGGGCUGUCUCACAUGCAAUAGGUGUAUCGCCGUUAAUGUAGUUUUCAGAAUAUUUACAUGUUUGCCUGGCCU